GAGGCUGGGAAAGUCAGAAGCGGGGAACCCCCAGUGCUGUGUCCACAUUCUACAGGGGAAGUUUGCUGGGACCCUGGCACCACCUUGCCAGUGGAAUGUCAGCCACACUGGAUCUGAAAUCGAAGGAGGAGAAGGAUGCUGAGUUGGACAAGAGGAUCGAGGCUCUUCGGCGAAAAAAUGAGGCCCUCAUCCGGCGCUACCAGGAGAUUGAGGAGGACCGGAAAAAAGCCGAACUCGAGGGAGUGGCUGUGACAGCUCCCCGGAAGGGCCGCUCGGUGGAGAAGGAGAACAUGGCAGUUGAGGCGGAGAAGAACUUGGGUCCCUCUCGGAGGUCUCCUGGGACCCCACGACCCCCAGGGGCCAGCAAGGGAGGCCGGAUGCCCCCCCAGCAGGGAGGUCGGGCAGGCGUGGGCCGGGCGGCCCGCAGCUGGGAGGACAAUUCUGGGGAGCAGCCUCGAGGAGGAUCUGGGGGCCGUGGCCGGAGGGGCCGGGGCAGGGGGUCCCCUCAACUCUCUGGAGCUGGAGAUGCCUCAGCUGCCGACCGCAAAUCUAAGGAGUGGGAGGAGCGGCGCCGGCAGAAUAUCGAGAAGAUGAACGAGGAGAUGGAGAAGAUUGCAGAGUAUGAGCGAAACCAGCGGGAAGGUGUGCUGGAGCCCAACCCGGUGCGGAACUUCCUGGACGACCCCCGGCGACGCGGCGGGCCCCUGGAGGAGCCCGAGCGGGACCGCCGGGAAGGCAGCCGCCGGCAUGGGCGCAACUGGGGGGGGCCCGACUUCGAGCGGGUGCGCUGCGGCCUGGAGCAGGAGCGGCAGGGCCGCCGGACCGGCCUGGGUGGCGCUGGUGACAUGACGCUGUCCAUGACGGGCCGCGAGCGGUCGGAGUAUCUGCGCUGGAAGCAGGAGAGGGAGAAGAUCGACCAGGAGCGGCUGCAGAGACACCGCAAGCCCACCGGCCAGUGGCGGCGGGAGUGGGAUGCUGAGAAGACUGAGGGCAUGUUCAAGGAUGGCCCAGCUGCUGCCCUUGAACCAUCCCACCGCUAUGAUGACCAGGCUUGGACUCGGCCCCCCAAGCCCCCCACUUUCAGGGAGUUCCUGUCCCAGCACAAAGCUGAGGUCAGCCGCAGGAGGAGGAAGAGUAGCCGACCCCAGACCAAGGCAGCCCCUCGUGCCUACAGUGACCAUGAUGACCGCUGGGAGACAAAGGACGCAGUGCCCCCAGCCCCUGAGGCCCCACAGCCGGCUCCACCUGAGGAGACGCCCACGCAGCCGCCGGAGACCCCAGCUCCUCCUGCCCACCGGCCCCCUGAGGACGAGGGGGAGGAGGAUGUGGGGGAGGACGAGGGGGAGGAUGAGGAGUGGGAAGACGUGAGUGAGGAGGAGGAAGAGGAGGUCGAGGAAGAAGAGGCUGAUGAGGAGGAACAAGAGCCAGCCCAAGGCCAUGAACUCCAAGAGGCUGAGCCCACCGGAAGCCCUCCCCGAAGCCGCACCGGAAGUCCCACCGGUGAGCAGGCUGACACAGAGCUGUCGAGGCCAGAGGAGCCCCCACCACUGCCCCAGGCCCCUGCCACGCCUUCCAGCCCCUUUUCACCCCCUGGAGACCACCAACCCGUGUCUGACUGGGGUGAAGAGAUGGAGCUGAAUUCCCCCCGGGACCCCCACCCGGCCAGUGCCCUGUCUCCGGGUGAGGCCUGGCCUUUUGGAAAUGCAUGAAACUGGCUGCUUGUGUGUGUGUGCUUGAGGGGUACACUCGCAGGGGGGACCGUCAGGGGCUGGGCCCCGGGACCCUGUGUGCCCCACUGCCCUGGUGGCUAGGGAGGACAGUCCAUGUCUGUCUCUGGAAUGCCCCCCCCCAUCCUGCCCUUGCUCUGGGCCACAGAGCCCCCUCCCCAAUAAAGAGUUCA